GAACUUAUGCAACAUUGAUCAGAGUGAAGUCGGACUUUCUUCAACGUUGCGCCAGAGAGAGACAUUGUCACAUGAGAAGUGCAGCUUCCAACGCCAUAAAGUAACUGUUUUCGGUAUCGUACAUGAGAUAUACAUAUAUCCCAAGGGCAUGGCGGUAUCUUUGCCCCCAGGGAACUCACGAGAACGACAACAUUUCACUCUUCCACCACAACACAAAAUGACACUCCGGCACAAUGUCAAAGUCACAAUUGAACAACGUGUUGAAGCCAAAGUUAACGGCGGCGGAUCAUCGGUCACUGAGCGGUCACUUAUCGGCCAUGAGAUACGGCAAGGCUGGCCAAUGGUAUAAAUUCCCCUGUUGGGCCCAAAACAUUUUUCUGUUAUCUCUAGUAUCGCAUUCUUUCCUUUCCUUUCUCAAUUCACAUACAGGAGUGGGAUCUGAUUUUACGUGCAACAUGUCUCCUCGUUUGCUAUCACCUACUCUCCUCCGAGUAUGUCGGAGAAAUUACUCUACAUCUAGGACCGUUUCUUUGGCAUUUGAUUUGCACGAACCUGCCAACCCCUCGUCCAAUGCUCCGCGAGCCAUCGUCUUCAUGCAUGGUUUAUUCGGAUCCAAGAAGAAUAACAGGAGCAUUAGUAAAGCUCUCGCAAGAGAUCUAGGAAGGCCUGUCUAUGCUGUUGAUCUGCGAAACCAUGGCGACUCACCGCACCACCCUGAACACAAUUAUACGGCCAUGGCAGCUGACGUAGCUGGAUUCAUAAAUGAGCAUAAACUUGCUGGGCCUACACUGAUAGGCCACUCAAUGGGAGCAAAGACUGCCAUGGCUCUAGCACUUGAAUCGCCAGAAAUGGUCGAAGAUAUAGUAUCUGUGGACAAUGCACCCAUCGAUGCGGCACUCCUCAGCAGCUUCGGAAAAUACAUCCAAGGAAUGAAGAAAAUCGAAGAGGCGGGAGUCUCUAAGCAAACUGAAGCGGAUAAAAUCUUGCAGGACUUUGAAAAGGAGCUUCCUAUCCGCCAAUUUCUCCUCGGAAAUCUUGUGCGCACUGAAGACAAGACGCAGAAAUUCAAAGUUCCUCUCAAGAUUAUCGGAGGUGCUUUGGACAAUUUGGGUGACUUUCCGUUCAAGGAUCCGGAUUCGAUACGCUUCAACAAACCAACUUUAUUUGUUCGCGGAACUCAAAGCCACUAUGUGCCAGAUGAAGCACUUCCUAUAAUUGGAAAGUUCUUCCCCCGAUUUGAAUUGGCCGAUAUAGAUGCUGGGCACUGGGUGAUUUCUGAGAAACCAGAGGAAUUUAGACAAGCCGUCGUAGAAUUCUUGAAGCCAAAGGAAUAGAAAGGGUAAAAAUGUACAGUCUAUUGUGUAUAUGUAAAAGGGUAUCUGCCAUAAGUCCAAGCCAUCCAAAAGAAUAAUACCCA